AUGGAUGUUCUACUUCGAGAAAGCUCCUAUGGUCGCAUACUCAAUUAUGUGUCGAAUAACCAACUCUUUCCUCCCCCCAUUCUCAAGGCCCCUAAAAGUGAAUGGACCGCAAGCACAAGCUCGUCUGCUACCUCCCCUGGCGCUGCCCGUCAGAUCGUGGUGGAUUUCACCGGAUUUGAUGAUCCCGACAUGCCGAGAAAUUGGCCCGCACUGGCGAAGUUUGUUGCCAUGAUUGAUAUAAUGCUAUUAAACUUUAGCUUCUAUGCGGCAUCAGCAAUCUUUACACCAAGCAUUCCCAAAAUCAAGGAGGAGUUUGGCGCUACCGCUGCCGAGGGAACGCUAGGGCUUUCGCUUUUUGUUAUCGCAUAUGGCAUUGGACCUCUUAUUCUUUCUCCCUUGUCGAACCUGCCGUCGAUCGGACGUACACCUGUGUAUGUCGUUGGCACCCUUGCUUUCUGCUUGUUUAACAUAGGCACCGCGGUGGCAAAAAACCUACACACAAUUUUGAUACUACGCUUUUUAGGCGGAUUGGUUGGAAGCGCUCCUAUCAGUGUAGGAGGUGCUUCACUGGUGGAGAUAUUCAAACCGAGUCAAGUUCCGUAUGUCAUCGCGUUGUAUGCGGUCAGUGGAGUUUGCGGACCCAUUUUAGGACCGAUCCUUGGAACUCUGGUAGUAGAGCGCUGGAAAACUUGGGCAGCAACACUAUGGCUCCUUGCUGGUAUCACGGCUUUCACGACCGUGUUUAUCUUCUUCUCACUGCCAGAGACCUUGUAUACCAACAUUCUUUAUCGCCGAGCACGACGACUCCGUACUCAAACUGGCAACCCUGCUUAUCAAAGCCAAGCCGACAUCGAUACACCGGAGGCAAACCUUGUGGUGCGUAUCAUAAAGCAAAUAAUUGACGAUUUUAAACUGUCUUGCAUGGACCCAGUAAUUCUAUUUGUGAAUAUGCAUACAAUGUUAAUUUAUGGGGUGCUUUACCUGUGGUUCGAAUUCUUCACAUUUGUCUUUGACGGGAUUUACCACUUCACUGCUAUUCAACAAGGCCUUGCAUUCUUCGGCAUUCUCAUUGGCGCAGCAGUGUCUGUCAUCACAUAUAUAUCAUGGUUAUAUUUCUCCUACCAGCCACGUGUCGCAAGAUCAGGAACUACCAUUGAGCCUGAAGCUCGCCUAGUUCCAGGUCAAGUGGGUGCUGUAUGCAUCCCGAUUUGUCUCUUCAUUUUUGCAUGGUCGUCUCGAGAAAGCGUGCACUGGAUAAUCCCUAUCAUCGGCACUGCAUUCUUCGCACCAGGAUUCUACCUCACCUUCCAAUCGAUUCUUAAUUAUCUGGGAGAAUCUUAUCCAAGACAUGUGGCCAGUGUUUUUGCCGGCAACACAUUUUUCCGGAGCUCAUUCGGAGGAGCACUACCCCUAGCUGCUCCUCAGAUGAUUCAGUCACUUGGGAUCGGAUGGGCGUUAAGCACAUUGGGUUUUAUUUCCGUUGCCAUGGUCCCUCUACCUUUCAUUCUGGAGCGGUAUGGGAAAAGGCUACGUCAACAGAGCAAGUACGCAAAUUAGUAAUCCUACGGAUUUUUUUUUUUGCAUGUCAGUCACCGUUGUCUGAGAGGAGCAGCCUAUUGUGGCCUAAUGUUCUCGAAGAUGAGACGAUGUGACUCCUCCCGGAAGCUUUUCGUUUCUAAGUUUACGAACCAUGAUCUGCUAUCAGGUCAUAUCAUCAAACGUCGAUUACAACUAUAGCAGGUUUAUCCACACUCUAUUCUUGUAUUUAUUGUUUUGAAGUUUCCGGUGUACUCUACAAGGCGAGGGUUAUGAGAUAGAGGAG